AUGUAAGAUGAAGUUUAGCGAAAUGAUUGAUCCCCACUUUUUUCUAUAUAUAAGAAGAAGGGUGGGUUAUAUGGAUUCAUAGCUAGCUAGGCCUUGGGAGAGGUGCAGCUAGGUUUUCAACCAUGGGGAAGUAUAGUACUUUGCCAACAAGUCUCUUAAUCUUCCUCCUCCUCAAUUUGGGAACCUUGCUCUCCACUCUUGCUUGCCCUACCUGUCCAUACCAAACUCCUCCUAAACUACCACCCAAACACCUAGCUCCUCCUCCCAAAGUCAUCCCUAAACCACCACCUAAAGUAAAGCCACCACCAUCUCCCCAUAAGCCUCCAAAACCACACACCCCACCAUACGUACCCAAACCGCCCACCGUAAAACCACCACCAUACGUACCGAAGCCACCUGUCGUAAAACCACCACCAUACGUACCCAAGCCGCCUGUCGUAAAGCCGCCUUACAUUCCAAAACCUCCCGUAGUAAAACCACCACCAAUCGUGAAACCACCUUUCGUGCCAAAACCUCCCAUAGUAAAACCACCACAACUUCCACCCAUUGUUAAGCCCCCAACGCCGCCAAUAUUCGUCCCAACUCCGCCUCCCCCGGUAGAAACGCCAUGUCCUCCUCCACCGCCACCCCCGGUCGAAACGCCAUGUCCUCCUCCACCGCCACUACCAGUGCCAUCUACACCACCUCCUCCUAAGGGACCAGAUGGGCAAACAUGCCCCAUAGACACCCUGAAACUAGGGGCUUGUGUGGACUUACUUGGGGGCCUGCUUCAUAUUGGAAUUGGAAGCAGUAGUGUUAAGGACACGUGUUGUCCUGUGAUUGAGGGACUGGUGGACUUGGAUGCAGCUAUCUGCCUUUGCACCACCAUUAAAGCCAAGCUCCUCAAUAUUAACAUCAUCAUCCCCAUUGCCCUUCAAGUCCUUAUAGACUGUGGCAAGACCCCUCCCGAAGGUUUCCAGUGUGCUUAGAUCCUGCGUUUUCCUUGAGAGAGAAGGGAAAGGAAAGUUUACGUACGCUCUAGAAUAUUCUUUCCUCGGGUCAGUUCGCUUUCACGACUUGGUCGCCGGGUAUCCUGAAUCAGUAUUGUUAUUAUUAUCCUUUUAGCACAAUUUAUGUUUUCAUAAAGAAGAUCUACUUAUGGUGAAAUUCGAAAUAUCGACCUUCGAAAUAAGGAUUCUGAUCAACUGAGCAACAUCUAGUUGAUUAGUUCGCGUCUUUGUGUGUUCUUCAUCUCGUACGAAAUGUAAUCCAUUUUAUGUUUUGAGUUGUUUUGUUUCGUCAAAACCAGACCUAUUGAACAGAUCGAGCUACGAAGUGAUGUACUUGCGUUUAUGUGUUUAAGUUAUGUUUGGAUCUGGAAUGAUCAGUGCCGACUUUGAUGUUUGCAGUGCC